AUGGAGAUUAAACCAAUUAUUAGUGCAAAUGGAAUUAGAAAUUUGAAGAAUGUGAAGACUUUGAUUAUUAAAAUUGUGAUGAUAUAAGUGAAAAAUCUGAUUGCCUCAAUUCUAACAUUAAUAAUUUUAGUUGCUCAUGGACAAGUAGUGAAUCAUGUAAGAAAUUUGAUUGUUUAAUUGAUAAAUAGUGCCCAAUUUAAAAAUGCUCAUUUAUAAAUGGUACUUGUUCAUAUCCAACAAAUGAAUUAAAUUGCUCAGCUAUACCUUAAGAUUAAUGUAAUUCUACCUUUAAUGGAAAAGGACUAUCAUGUUAUUUAAAUGAUUUUGGGUAAUGUAAAUUAUUUGAUAACUCAAAAUUGA